GUCGGGUAAUAGAGAAAAAAUCAAACGCUGGUUGCUCUCUCUCUCUCUGCGGCGCGUUCUCUCUCAAAUUCGCAGGUUUGUGUCGAUCUCGAAGCACAGAGAUUUGAAUGACCUAAUUGUCUCCGUUCUCGUCAAAAACCUAAACCAGAUUACUCUGGGAUUUAAUUCAGUCGACAUCUACUUGUUGCGUCGAAUUGAUCUCCGUGACCUAGGAACCCUAAUUUGUGGGCCUUGAGCAGUCUCAAAGUUUGCACACUCUCAGAAUCGAACGAAGGUUCCGUCCGGGAAUUAGGGUUUCUACGGCUUUCAUGGUGGAGGGUAUCUUUUCCGUCUGAUUUGAGGGAUAUCUGUCUGUUUUAAGAGGGAGAAGUGAAGAAAGGCAUCAAUCGGGAACAAGCAAGGUGUGAAAUUAGGGUUUUUGAAGUACAUGUAUGGCUUCGGAGCCUGUUAACGGAGAAGGAACCGAUGGAGCUAGAGAGAAGCAAAGCAUUAAAGUUUACACGAGGAAAGGAAAAGGUCAGAGAAAACAGACAUCAUUCUUUGCCAUUGUGGGUAGUGGUGCCACCGAUAACCGCGAGGAACCGGAGGGGAAACUAGAAAACGAGAAAGAAAACAACCUUGUAAGUCCUCCUGAAACUCUAGCUCCAGAGUCUGUGGAUCCUAAGAAUUCUGUCGAAGAGGCUGCCCCUGAGGCCAUUUCCCAGGAUGACGUUGGGGCCACAGUAGCCAACAACUCGACCGAAGCGCCUUCUGAUAACCUGCCUGUUGAUGAUUCUGACAAGGUGAUUGACAAGCCUCUUGUGGAAUCAUUUUCUCAAGCCGAGUCUCAGGAUGAUGUCAGUUUGGCCGCUACUGAUAAGAACGUUAUUCAACCCGUCCCAAGUACUUUGGGUCAGGAUGGCUUGAACACUAUCGUUAGCGAAAAGUCUGUGGAAGUACCUUCUGAAAGGCACAAAACUCAAGAUGAUGUCAAUACAGUGGUUGUUGAUGAGAACUCUAUUAAGGAACCUCCUAAAAGCCUUGCCCAAGAAGAUGUUACUACCGUGAUUGUUGACAAGAACGCUAUUGAAGCACCUUCUCAAACCCUAUCCGUGGAAGAUGUCAAUACUGUUGUUGUUGACAAGAAUCCCAUUGAAGUGUCUUCUGAGGAGUAUCCCCACACGGUAGAUGCAGAUAACAUAAUUAAAGAAGCUCAUACUGAAAAUAUUGUGGAAAGAGAUGCCGUCGAUGCCCAACAGCCAGCUCGGCUUACCUCUGAUUCUGCUCAGAACCUACAUGCUACUGCUGCCGAAAGCAUGCCAAUGGAGGAGGACGUAGAUGGACGUAUAAGGAUACAUGUGGCCUCCAAAUCGAAGCAACAGAAAGAGGAGAUCAGGAAGAAGCUUGAAGACCAGCUUAACGUGGUCAGAGGUCUGGUAAAGAAGAUAGAGGACAAAGAGGGCGAGAUUGGUGCAUAUAACGACUCUCGUGUUUUGGUUAACACUGGUAUUAAUAACGGAGGAGGAAGGAUUCUCUCAGGAUUUGCCUCAGCUGGACAUCCUCGUGAGGUUAUCAGAGCACCAAGGCCUUUAAAUCAACUUAGCAUAUCGGUGUUGGAGAAUACUCAGGGAGUCAAUGAGCAUGUGGAGAAAGAGAAAAGAACACCCAAGGCAAAUCAGUUUUAUAGAAAUUCAGAGUUUUUACUUGGUGACAAGUUGCCACCCGCAGAGAGUAACAAGAAAUCAAAAUCUACAAAGAAGCAAGGAGGGGAGGUCGGGCAUGGAUUUGGUGCAGGCUCUAAAGUUUACAAGAAUUGCAGUGCUCUACUUGAAAGGCUGAUGAAGCAUAAGCAUGGUUGGGUGUUCAAUGCUCCUGUAGAUGUGAAGGGUCUAGGUUUGCAUGAUUACUUUACCAUCAUCGAGCACCCUAUGGAUUUGGGAACUGUCAAGUCUGCGUUAACAAAGAAUUUGUACAAGUCACCAAGAGAAUUUGCAGAGGAUGUUAGGCUUACUUUCCACAAUGCCAUGACUUACAACCCAGCAGGACAAGAUGUCCAUGUCAUGGCGGAAGUGCUCUUACAGAUGUUUGAGGAGAGAUGGGCUGUCAUAGAGGCAGAUUAUAAUCGUGAAAUGAGAUUUGUCACUGGUUAUGAGAUGAAUCUCCCAACUACAAUGAGGUCUAGGCUGGGUCCUACGAUGCCGCCACCGCCUAUUAAUGUGAGGAAUACAAUGGAUAGAGCAGACUGGAGUAGUCGCCAUGCUGACUUGCAGCAUCCAAAACCAACUACAACGCCUGGCAGAACACCGACCAGUACAACACCUUCUGGAAGGACACCUGCUUUGAAGAAGCCGAAGGCCAAUGAACCAAAUAAAAGAGAUAUGACGUACGAGGAGAAGCAGAAGCUUAGUGCCCACUUGCAGAAUUUGCCUCCAGAUAAACUAGAUGCAAUUGUACAAAUUGUUAACAAGAGGAACACUGCUGUGAAGCUACGGGACGAAGAAAUUGAAGUCGAUAUUGAUAGUGUUGAUCCAGAGACCCUUUGGGAGUUGGACAGAUUUGUAACCAACUACAAAAAAGGCUUGAGCAAGAAAAAGAGAAAAGCUGAGCUAGCUAUUCAAGCCAGAGCAGAAGCCGAGAGGAAUAACCAACAACAGAUGCCUCCAGCACCAGUGCCACGUGAAUUUUCUAGGGAGGGUGGCAACACAGCUAAAAAGACACUCCCUACACCAUUACCUUCUCAAGUGGAGAAACAAAACAACGAGACAAGCAGAUCAAGUAGUUCAAGUAGCUCUUCCAGUUCCAGCUCAUCUAGUGAUUCGGACAGUGAUAGCUCUUCGUCAUCCGGAUCAGAUCAGACCUAGAGGAUUGGUGUUGAGAAAUAUGUAAGGGCUUUGGAAAGAUGAAGGUAGAGAGGUAGAAGAGCAUCUGGGAGGUUAAGCAUGAUGUGACGUACAGGCUUGAGGCAGAAAUAUUAGAGAGAGUGGGCGGUGUUAUGGGAAUGGAAGGAAAGAUUGUAUUAUAUUCAUAUCACUUGUUAGAGUAAAAAGGGAAAAAUCUAUUCUUAAUUUUUGUUUCUUUUGACUCGGUAGGAUUCUGUGUCUGUCUACUUUUAGAUGUAACCGUAGGGUUGGUUUGCUCUGUUUUGUAUAUCUCUGCCUCUCUCUGUUCCUCUGGUCUUUAGCGGUUUAGUUGGUUGACUCUUCGAUGCUUUAGUUAGGGCUUUUGAAUCAGCAAAAAUCAUCACAACAGAUUCUUGAUGACUUGUGUAUUGUAUAAGCUUGUGAGUUUGUGACCUUGUAGCUUUGUUAUCUCCUCCUUGCUUCCAAAGUACCCUUUCCUCGUUCUUCUA